UUAGGUAUGGAAGAAGCGCUUGAAAAAUUCUUAUCGACCCACUCGCUGGGAACGUUUCUCCUAGACAGCGACACAGCUGCUUUGUUCAAGGAUGUACAGGAGAAGCGAGCUCAGCUUCGGGCAGCCGAUGCCAAGAAGGAAGAAAUUCAAGAAGAUCUCCGGUGUCGGCAGGAGGAGCUCGAAAGUCUACGAAAUAUCCUGAGUCAGAUUCAGGACCUGUGGGAGUCCCACAAGCAGCAAGUUCAAGCUGAAGCUGCGACUGAAGUUGAAACACGGCGAGAAAUUUCGGCGAUCAAGCAGAGCUGCGUUCAAACGGAGAAGCAACUCCAGAAGGUCCAAGAAGACAGCGAGCGUCUCGAGUACCUGCAACUGACGAGGGAGGCUGAAGCUCGUAAACUGGAGGAGCAGAUGGCGGGAGACCAGGAGUUGCUGGAAGGACUUCUGCAGCAGGCUGCAGAGUUGGAAAAUAACAACCAACUCCUCCUGCAAUUCUCUGCUGCUGACGAUAGCACUCUCAAGGUCCAAGAAGACAGCGAGCGUCUCGAGUACCUGCAACUGACGAGGGAGGCUGAAGCUCGUAAACUGGAGGAGCAGAUGGCGGGAGACCAGGAGUUGCUGGAAGGACUUCUGCAGCAGGCUGCAGAGUUGGAAAAUAACAACCAACUCCUCCUGCAAUUCUCUGCUGCUGACGAUAGCGCUCUCAAGGAAGUAUUUUUGGCGCUGGAGAAGAGCGGUCUCGAGGUGGCGCGAGCAGAGACAUCGCUCGAGGAAGCACGUCACGACGAAGCCGCUGAGCAGAGCGCGCAGCAAGCCCUGGCUGCUGCCUUCGUCGAGACGGCGCGACGCAGAGACGAGCUGCUCGUCCAGUGGGAGCUUUGCCUCGUCACGCUCACACAGAAAGGCGACGAGCAUAAGUGUAUUGUUCAGAGAUUCCUGGAACUGCGCGACAAAAUUAAAGAAGCUGAAAAAGGUGAGCGCGAAGAGGCUGCUUUCCUGUCCCGUCUGCGCAGUUCGUGCAAACGCAUUGAGCGAAAACUCGCUAAGAAACUGAAAAUGUCCUCGGAUCUCUACCAUCAAAUACAUGAGGCUGAAGCCACCAAGCUCGAACUGUCGGCACAAGAAGCAGGUUUACGAAACGCUCUCAAGAGAAUCGAAGAAGAAAUACUCAGAGUGAAGAAAGACAUCAACCAAGAGAAGGAGGCUCUGGAAGAGAAGGAAACCAGGGUGAAAAAACUAGAGUCGAGGAUCGAGAAGACGCAACAAAGGCUCGCGCUCAACACUGAACUUCUGGUGAACACAACUGCUGAAGCCAGGCUGUUAGACGCCAGUGUUGAGGAGAGAGAAAGAGAACUUCAAGAAGUAAUGCGCAAGAAGGACCAAGCGGGGACAAUUCUACAGCAGCAUCAGACAGAACUACAGGCAACUAUACAGGCAGAGAAAGCGCAGCUGGGAGAAAUAGAGGCGUUAAAAUGCCACAUCAAACGCACGGCGAUUGAAACCAAGAAAGCCUCAGCCAGCAUUGAAAAACUCAGAGAGCUUUGCUAUCACCAGAGGUCUGAGCUGCAAACACUGAAACAGAAAAUUUACGACUUGACUCACGACGCCAACAACAACGAAGAAGUGAUCAGCAAGCAGCAGCAGAUCAAAAUUAUGGAAACAGACCUGAAAAAUUUACUCGAUACCGUCAACGACUUGAAGAGGCAAACUUCUGCUCUCAUGUGUCAGCUCAGCAGUAGCUGCAACGACCUAUCGAAGAAACAGAAGAACUUCGACAACGUAAAAGAAGAACUGCAGUCCGUCCAGAUGGCCUGCGAGAAUUGUGAGAGAGAAAAACGACGUCUGAUCAACGAAUGCGAGGCGACAGACGUACAACGCGCGCUGCAGCAGCUGCAGCUGCGCCAGCGCCGUGCAGAGCUGCAACGUGUCCGUGCAGCGGCUGAAGACCUCAACAAAUCCCGGAGUCAAAUGUCCAAGCUCAUCGAUGAGCAGUGCGACGAAGUGAAGAACAAAAUCAAAGAGCGGGAGAAGGAGAUACGGGCAUCGGAACAAACUCUACACUACGAGACACUGAGUCUGCACCAGAGCUCCACUAAACUUAGCCAGAUCCAAAAACGGUACACUGAGAUUCGUGUCAGUUUGGGAGCCGAGAAGGAAGAAGAGACUGAGAUAACGGCAGCUAGGGCCUUAAUGAAGGUAGAGCAAGACAUAUCGGGCCUGCAAGAGGCCGAGGACCUGGUGGAGGAGGCGGUGCUGGAGGCACAAGAGGACCUUGAGGCCCUCAACAUCCUCCUGCAAGAGGCUCGCAACGAAGGCCAGCAGCUGCGUCGUGAGCUGCAUUCCGUCAUCACCGAGAGUGUGGAAGACAAGCCGCGUCUGGAACUGGAAGCAGAAGUCCAACAAAUUAAGAAACGUAUUCUCCAGGGUCAGGAAAAUUUAAAAAGCUUUCAAAGAGAACUGGAGCCGGACGUAGAACUACGCGUGACGCAGGACAGCCUACGUCUGGUGCACCAGCACCUGGGGCGGCUGACGUCUGAUAACCUGGACAUCGCUGACGCAAUCUUCCUUUACUGUCAGCAAGCCAGCAUCCCCCCGCCCAGAGUGUCCAGCCUAGCGAGGGACAAAGCCUUCGCUGCAAGCGGCACGCACACGUGCAGCUCCAGGGAACUGGGCUAUGACACACUUUCUGCCUCGAAUGAAGUUGUGGGGGCGGCGUUGCCACGUUUCCUGCGAGGCGGUGCGGCGGUGCCAAGUCCACAGCCUUCUUCUUAUUUUUCCUAG